UCUUAACCAAAGCUGUCGCCAAAGUCGGUUACUAUAACCAAUCGUACAUCAUCUUCUAGGGUUUGUUUCGACCAUCGGAAAACCCCAAUCGAUCACUUUUUCAAUCCCCAAUUCCACAUCACAAACCCUAGAAAAUCGUUCAAAUGAAUAAAAAAUCGCUCCAAAUCCUGGUGCAGUCACCGGACCUCGGAAUUUCCGUUCAAUCCACUACCAAUCACAGAACCCUUUCCGAUGUCAAGCACCGCCUUCUCCCCCGAUCACACCAAUCCUUCUACUUCACCCUCAAUGGCAAGCCCCUACCCGACGAAACCCUUCUCUCGAGAAUUGCGCCUCUCUCCACCCUCUCCCUACGGCCCCGCCUCCUCGGCGGCGGUGGAGACGGCGGAGCCACCGGCGCCGAGUCCCGCGACUGCUACCUCAAUAUGUACGCUGAGAAGAAGCCAGAUAAGGUGGACCCCCACGAACAGCGUCUCUCAAAGUGGCACAAUUGCUCUCUCUCAAAUGAGCCCCUGAGGGAGCCCUGCGUGAUCGACAAAUUGGGGAAUAUAUUCAACAAGGAAGCGCUGGUGGAAGCUUUGCUGGGGAAGAAGCUUCCUAAAGAAUUUGGGUACAUCAAGGGAUUGAAAGACAUGAUCAAUAUUCAACUUUGUUCGAUUCCUGGAUCUGAUGACGGGGCAAAGUUUCAGUGCCCCGUUGCGGGGCUUGAAUUCAAUGGAAAAUAUAGGUUUUUCGCGCUGAAAAGCUGUGGGCAUGUUUUGAGUGCCAGGGCUCUGAGGGAGGUUAAGUCUUCGUCGUGUUUGGUUUGUCACAAGGAGUAUGCCGACGUUGAUAAGAUUGUGCUCAAUGGGACUGAUGAGGAGGUGGCGGUUCUGAGGGAGAGGAUGGAAGAGGAGAGGGCUAAGAUAAGGGAGAAGAAGAAUAGGAAGGUUAAGAAUAGUGAUGAUGGUGUGAGUUUGGAAGGGACUAAGUUGAGUGGUACCAAGCAUCGUGUUGAUGUUAAGGCUGUGGAGAGGGUUUCAGCUAAGGUGGAAGGAAAAGGCAAGGUUGCUAAUGGUAACGUUGGUUUGAAUGGUGCUGUUGCUGAUGCGAAGCGUUUCAAGGCGUCGGAUUUGGCACCAGCGAAUGCUACUAAGGAUGUGUAUGCGUCCAUUUUCACUUCGUCUAGGAAGUCUGAAUUUAAAGAAACAUAUUCUUGUAGGUCUCUUCCUCUUGGUAGAAACUGAUUGAGGAAUCUGUGUAUUGGUGUCGCUACUGUUUUAUUGUUGAAGAAUGUACUGAAUUUUAGAUUGUUGUAUAAGAAAUUGAGUUUUCCUCUUAUGAAUUUACUGGUUUCAUUUCCAUCA